AACUCAAAGUUGUUCCACUGACAGUGAACACAUGGAUGGUUGGCUGAUCAGCAAUGGAGCCAUCUGACAGAUGAAGGCUCCAGCACCCUCAGAACUCAGUGUUUACUGUUUCCAGUAUUCAGAUAGUGGCUACACCUGCUCAUGGUUGCACUCCCUAUUCUCACAUUACCAGCAACUACUCGAACAACUACAACAUGGUACUCAACUGUACAGAGAUCGAUGACGUGCUGGAGAGGUACUACCUGUCGCCGUCUUAUGCCAUCGAGUUCUGCAUCGGUUUCCCUGGCAACCUUUUGGUUGUACUUGGCUACAUAUUUUGUUUGCGGGAGUGGCAGAGCUGCAAUAUUUACCUCUUCAGCCUGGCAGUCUCCGACCUUAUUUUCCUCUGCACGCUCCCACGCCUCUCGUACCUCUACGCAAAUGACCAAUCAGAGACCUCUCCCUAUGCCUGUGUCAUCAACCGCUAUCUCCUGCAUGUCAAUCUUUACUCUUCCAUCCUGUUUAUGGUUUGGCUUAGCAUGGACCGCUUCCUGCUCAUAAGAUAUCCAACACGGAACCACUACCUGCUGAGGCCACGAACGGCCCUGAUCGUGACGGGGCUGAGUUUCCUCGCCGUCAAUGUGGAAGUUGCUCCAAUGAUAUCACUGAUGGUCCACGACCUUCGGAGCGGAAAUUGGAGUCGCUGCAAGGAUUUUGCCAGCCUGGAGGGACGCAUCGAUACAUUGGGCUACAGCCUGGGGCUAACCCUGACUGGUUACAUUCUCCCUCUGCUUGGGCUUUGUGCUUUCUCCUACCAAAUUGGACAUCUGCUACGUGUCCAGGAAAGGGCUGUACAGCGCAAGACAACGUCAUACAAGCGGCCUCUCAGGGUCGCUGCGUCGGCCGCAGUCAUGUUUCUGGUUCUCUACACUCCUUACCAUGUUUUGAGAAAUGUCAGAAUAGUGUCUCGGCAGGCCUGGGCAGGGCUGCAGCUGUGUACAAGGAUGUACAUAGAGGGCGUGUACAUCGUGACCCGACCGAUUGCCUUCAUGCACAGCGUCAUCAACCCUGUCUUCUACUUCCUCAUGGGUGACAAGUUCAGAGAGCUGCUAUUGGCUAAGCUCAGAAAGCUGGUGAGAAGAAAAAAAGAGCCGCAAAGAGAACCAGCCUGACGGAAUUCAAAGUCCCUACAUAUGACACACACAUCAACAUAUCCAAACAUGUGAAUCAGCUCUAUCUUUACAUGUGUUUUGUUAAAAGUUGUAUGCUUUUUCUUUAUUUUUGUUGCGUUUUAAUAAGUAGUCAUUUUCAGCCAUUCAAAUAGUGUCAAACUGCAUUAUUAAUAUCACAUUACAUGUUAUUAUGCUUAUUAAUGAUGUGGAUGCUUUGUCGUUGUGACCAUAUCCACAAAUAUUACUCAUCACAUGUGAUAAAACAUAUCCAUGAAGUGGACUUGAGGCAUAGUUACCUUUCAUGUUGACAAAGUAAAGCAACGUAAAAUAAACUUCCUACAUUUAAGGCUGUUUUUAUAUGAACACUCUUUUUAAGCAUAUUUAUUUUUGUGCAGAUAUGUUGUUGUUUGUAUUUGUAUCUGUAUUCAUUGAAAAAGCAUAAUUAUUUUUGGUAUGUUUGCACUGAAGUCAACAUUGUACUAUAUUACUUUUGAAUGUACUUAAAUAAAACAUAACUAAUAUGGUUUCUGAGAAAAUCAAAUAUAUCUUGGGAGAUGCAUUGAGGCAUUUAUUUUUUUCUGUAUUUCACUUUUAUCUUUGAAUAUUCAUUAUCUU